GGCCUCACUGGCUCCGCCUAUUUGGCCGUUGUGAGUGGUGGGGCGAGCGCCGAAUGGCCGUUAGCGCUGCUAUUCCCCCAAUGGCGAGCCCCGCGGAGCUGAGUAGUUCGGUCGAGCGUUUGCGGCAGCGCUACUUGUUAGGGCAGGAUUAUUCAUCAAAGACGGUGCAAACCAAAUAUAAAAAUAGAAGAGACCUCGUAUCUCCAGGUAAAAUGGACAGCUCACUGGAUGAUACAUUUUCAUCUUUACUUAUAAAUUCUUCAUGUCCAGAGCAUCCCUACAGUGGUAGAAAGCAUAACAGAAAAUAUUAUUCUGACUCAUCAAAGAAGUUUAUAAACAUGGGCUGGCUUGAUGAAGAGCUGGAUUCCCAGAUUGAUUCAAGCCAAUUUAACAUACAGCCAGAGUCCAUCAAAGAUUUGCUUGAAAGUAAUGAAGGUCAAAGGACAGGGAUACAUACAGAAACAGAUGUCACUCUGCCGUCUGGUUUGGUGGUGGCCACGUGCAGUGAUUGUGAUGGCAGCGGUGUGGUAAGAGAGACUGGAUCCCAAGCGUUGAAAGGGAAAAGCCUAGUACCAUCUCACUUCAGUCAAAUUUAUCAUGAAUUGUCUAUCAUAUAUCAAAAGCUACAGCAAGAAAAUCUAAUUCAGCAAGAAAAUUCUUUAAAACUUGAACAACGAGAACGCCUCUUAAUGGAACGAGAAGCCUUGCUUUGUAAACAUGAAGCUGCGUUGACUAAAAUUCGAGGUGUUGAGGAGAAAGUUCAUGCAAAAUUCCAGAUUAUAAAAGAGCAACAUGAAGCAGAAAUUCAACAAUUGUCAGAAGCCUUGAAAGAAAAAACAAAGGAAAACAAGAGGCUCAGAUCAUCAUUUGACACUUUAAAAGAACUGAAUGACACUUUAAAAAAACAGUUAAGCGACGUGAGUGAGCAGAACAAGAAGAUAGAAGCCCAAUCUCGCAAAGUACAAGCUCGUUUGGAGAAUUUGCAGAGGAAACAUGAAUUUUUAACAGUACAGAAGUCGAAAGAAACUUCCUAUGCAGCCCAGGAACAUAAACCUAUUAAACAAGAAAAAUUAACAGCAAUAUCAAAAACUUGUAAGGUGCCACUUAAUUUACAUAUCUACGACCUUUUAACUGUGCUCCUGGAUUGGAUCUCAGAUCAGCACCUCCGUAAACUGAUGCAUGAUGACGAGAAAGAAAACAUUCAUAAGCCAACAGGCACACUUUCCUUCAACAGAAGCUACACACAAGAAAAAUGUGUCAAGGUCUUGCCUCUGAUUGCUGAGCAAUUUCAGUGGAUGCCCUUUGUGAAUCCAAACUUGCACAUGCAGAUGGUUAAAUUUAUUUAUUGGGCUAUCAGGCAAUUAGAUGGUGGGACACAGCAUUCAACAAUGAUAUCAACAAUGAGAAGGCUGGGUGAAGACUUAUUUAAAGGCAUUGCAUCAAAGGGAAGUCAAUGUGUUUCUUCUGAACCCACCGCUGAUCUGAAACCUAAGACAGCAACUUUCUUCAAGAGUGGAAGUUUACCUUUAAGAGUUGUGUCAACUUUAAUUAUAAUCAAAACAGUGACACAGGCUGAUUACUUGGCUCAAGCCUUUGAUACACUUUGCAUGGAUCUGAAGACAGAUGAAGGAAAGGCCUUGUUUUUGGACUACGAGGCAGUGCCUAUUAUACUAAGUCACAUGAAGAUAUCAAGUAAAGUCCUACUUUCCAAUGCCAUUGACAGUUUACUGCAGAUGACAACAGAAUCCAGGUUUUUGCACCAGUUCCUGGAAGCAUGCAGCAAUGAGUCCUUUUUCCGUACUUGUUCAGUUCUACUUCGAAAUUCUAAAUUGGAUGUACAGGUUCUGGAAAAACUCAGCAUUCUACUGCAAAAGCUUUCAAAAAUUAAGAUUCGAUUUGUUCAGGAAACUGGCAGUCUGGUGCACAGCCUUUCAUCUGCAGCCUUCUACUGAAGAGUUCGCCUGGGCAGGUUGUCUCCAGCAUUUUGACAAUUGUGUAGACCCUCCAGAUGGUUUCACCUCAUCUGUGGCCCUGAAGAAAAUAUACACUUGGCGUUCUCAUCUGAUAAUGGUGAUGAGAAAUCAUUAAGACACAUAGCCUAACAUUAAGAAAUCUUGUAGCUACUACAUUUUCCUCACUUGUAUUUUCUAUUUAUUAAAAUAUGUAUACCCUACAUUUCCACUUGCUUACAAGUGGCUUACAAAUAAUAAUUAAAAUAUUAUGCAUGAAAACCGAAUAAAUUCCUCAAUACCUUGCUUUCCUCCUUAGAAGAUACCUACCUAUAACCCCUCAAAAGCCCUGGUAAAUAAGCAAGACUUUCUGGACUUCCCAGAGAUCUCUGAGAAAGGAGUUUCCCCUAGCAUCUUCACAUUGGAAGCCACAAUGGAACAGUCCCAGGCUCUGGUCAAUAAUAGGAGGGUCACCUUGAGUGGAGGAAUAGUCAGCAAGUGGAAGCCUAAUGACCAUAGUUGGCUUACAGGAAAUAUAUGGGCAGAGAUGGUCCCUCAGAUGCGUGAGUCCUAUGCCAUAAAGGCUUUAAAGGAGACAAUGGGCACCUUGAAUUGAACUUGGAGACAAACAGCCAAUGUAGCUGUCUCAAAAUGAGCAACAUAAGUUCCCAUGGGCUAGCCCUGACAACAACUGGUCAGCUGUAUUUGGGAUCAGAUUCUAGGUUGUCUUUAAGGGCAGCCCACAUAAAGUGUGCUACAGUAAUCCAGCCAUGGAUUGGUGUGGUCACAUUAGCUGAGUCUAAGAAAUCAGAGAGUUGGUGAACCAGUUGCAGGUGAUAUAAGGUGCUCCUGGCUACUGUGGUAACUGGCUUUUCAAACAGCAAGGUUGGGUCCAUGAAUACCUGUUCUGGAAAAGCCAAAUCUACUUCAUCCAGUACAAGUGGUUCCAAUUCGUCUAGAAAAUCAGUCUUCCUUAAUUCUGUCCAGCAUUUUCCCAGUCUUGCCUGGAUUCAACAUUGUUGUACCUUUGCUGCCUAACCAUAUCCUCGAAGCAUUGGUUCAGAACUGAGAUUCAGAACUGACACAUCUAGAGGCUUUGAUAACCAAAUAUAGAGCUGGGCAUUAUCUGCAUAUGGAUGACACUCAACCUUGGGAUGAUCCCAUUCAACUCCUUCUUAUAGAACAGAAUCCUGCAGCACUCUUCAGGAAAAGUUCCACCUGUUGCUUCUGCUCCUUCAGUGGAAAUUUUGUGUCAGACAAACUAAGACCAUGAAAGGGCUGUUCCUGGAAAAGCAACUUCAUAUUCCAACCAGUGGAUGAAUGGAGCAAUCAGUGUCAAAGACCACUGAAAAAUCUAGCAGUAUCAGCAGGGAUAACUGUUCCCUGCUAGCUUUAAGCGAAGAUUGUUCCCCAGUGCUUGUAAAGCCAUCUCUGUCCCAAACUCAAGCCUGUAGUGAUUUUUUUUUAAAAGAAAUUCUUUUGCAUCCAGUCGCCUCUGGGAUUAUUAUUUUUUUCUGGAGAAUCUUGGAGAAUGUUCACCAAGUCUUCAUGGCCUCAUAUUUCUCAAAUCUGUUGAAAAUUGUACCUUUUCUAAAAUUACUCUGGACCUUCCCAACGACCACUAUUCUUAGGGAAAUGUGAGACCUAGAUAAAAAAUGUUCACAUGAAAUGUCAGCACAACAGUGUGGCUUUUCUGUCUCCUGAAGUGGUUACCACCAUACUGCCACAUUAUCUAGUGUUACUCUCUCAUUUUGGGAGGAACCAAAUUCCAGAUAAAAGGAAUGGUAAUAUUUUUUGACAGUUGUAGAUAUCAUUCUAAAUGGCUGUGCAUAAGCAGCUGAUCAGGGCUUGGGGAAAGUAAUUCUUGGCUGAAGAGAAUGGGCAUGUGGUGUUUCUGUGAGGUGAAAGCAGUAGGAUGAAACGAGUGAACAGACUCUGUUGAGAGUUGUUUGAAGCACUUGGGUGGGGUUGCAGGAUCACUCUUUCCAGAAUCUGAUGUGAAGUAGUGGAUCGGCUGCCCUGCAGAAGUG